AUGCCUCUGCUCCAACUCCCCCCGGAGAUCCUCAUUCAAAUUUUCGACGAUGUUGGCUCAGCCUAUUUCCGUUCUGACCCAUCACGCCUCACCGUUUGCAAGCAGUGGAGCAUAUAUGCCCGUUCCGCUUGCUUUCGGGAUUUGCAUCUUACUCAAAAAACGCUGCGGCGCUUGCUUUCCACUCCCUGUGAGGAGACAUGGCUGCCUUUCAUCAAGGACAGCGUAAUAGCUUUGGACCUGGAAUUGAAAGGUUUUGAGGACUGGGGCUUGACCUCGGACAAACCCGAGGCAACAUGGAACAGCGCCCAAGGACACGCAAUCCGUGACGCCUGGACGUCAGGGGUGCUGAAUGAUGACAUCUCGCACCUAGUGAGGAUCACCAAGCAAUCGCGAAAACUGCGCCAUUUACGCAUCCACGCCACCAGUGAAGCUCACCCAGAGUUUUAUCUUCAAGACCGCCGAGACUACCUCUUCACAUCGACAAUACGCGGCUUCCUGUCUCUGAGCAACCUGGCUAGCCUACAGCUGGAUUUAUGCGGUACCAGACCCAUGCCAUCGCGAACUGGUGAAAGAUUUCAUAUCUGUACAGAUAUAGCUGCGCUUCUUCCAACCCUACAGCGUUUGAGAUUGCGCAUGCGCGAAAUAUGCCCCAAUGCUCUGAAACUCGAGCAGCCGAGUACUGAUCUUCGUUUGGAUGAGGUGCUUGUCAACCUCAGCCUAUCACAUGACUCUCCUCGGAUUACCUCAGCAACACACGCCGCUCGCUGUGGUUCCUCCCCAGGGGUAGGGUUCCUUCAACUGAAAGCGGAUAUGCAGCAGCAGGCGAAAGAGCUGGUGGCACAAAUGGCGAGCCCGAAAAGAGUGAGGGUAUUGACGCAUGCUCGACUGAACAUAGAACUAGAGGCUUUCGACGUCUUGACCGGCAAAAAUCUGGCACUGGGUGAAUGUGCAGAUUGGGAUGCGGCUGGCGAGGUGAUUGAGGACUCAAGAGUCAGAUGA